UUCAGGGUGAAUUGAAGUGUAACAGCCAAGAAUGUGGAAGAAUAGGGUCAGUAGUAAUUGGUGAAAAAAGAAAACUGAAGGACAGGGAAAGAAAUAUGAUGAAGGUUCAUUCUCGAAAGUGGGACGGUAUUCGUUCAUGACUGAACGGAUGAUUUCCGAACCACAAAACACACAAUCAUAUGUCAUUAUUCGUCCAGGUCAAAUCACAACAUGAUGAUACAACCUAUUGCUUUAUAGAUGCAAUAUCUCUGUGGAAAAGGAAACGCAAUUUAGGUUGAAUCGCAGUCGUAUUGUUCACUUUCUUUUGUGAAAACCAAGUAACAAUGCUGUAUUGCUUGAUUCUCAUUACAUUGUUUAUCCUAUUCGACGGGACCAUUACAUUUCCUCAAAAUGAAGCACGAAAAAAAUCGGAGGAAAUGGAGAAAAUGAUGACCAAAACAAAUGAUGAGGAUCCAGCAAAAAUUUCUAGCUUUAUCAAAAUCGACGAGGAAACGAUUUGUGAAGAUGAAAUAUGCAACAAUCGAGGUACAUGUAUUGGUAACAAGGAUACAAACUUUUGCAUUUGCCAAAUUGGCUAUACUGGAAUGCAUUGCGAGCAGUCUCCGUGCGAUUCAACAAGAGAUUGUAACGGCAAAGGACUUUGUAUUGGUACAUCGACAAGUUAUACCUGUAUGUGUCAACUGGGUUUCAUCGGUGAAAAAUGUGAAAAAGGUGUAUGAAAAUGAUUAAUGAAAUGAUAAUGCAAUAACAUCAUUCUCUACUUGUUCAUCCUUUUGUAUCCAUAUUUUAACCAUUUUUCCACCACUUCUUGAUUUUCGGCGUCAAAGUUGACAGAUGAUAUCACCCUAAUAUUGUACAUAUCAUUGUUAUGUUUAAUCAGAUGAACAACAAUUCCUGUAAACACAUCCCAUUACAUGUAAGAUUAAUCCGAUGAUAACGAGCGA